GCGGUCACUGCCUGGAAGAAGAAUGGCCGCCCUGAUAGCAAUAGUUGGACUGAGGCUGAAGAGCAGAGGCGAAGCGGGGCGCUUUAGCUGACCGGGAAGCCUGCAUAUUACCGGGCACCCCUCUCACCCGGUAUUCGAAACGGAUGGGUAGAGGGGGGCCUCGCCAACGUUGACACGAAACGAAAGAGACUCGCCGACGCUAACGCUAGCUGGAAGGCUAAUGCUAGCUGGCUAACAACACGGUUGUCACUGCCGGGCCAAGCGAACCCUCAAAGGCCGAGGCAAGUGGCUUUUGGAGCGGACACCGACCACGACAACAUGAGCGGACCGGGACAGGACAACGAGCCGGAGGCGAAAGUGCUUCUCAUCAAGCGGCUUUACAGGGCGGUAGUGGAGUCUGUGCACAAGCUGGACGUCAUCAUCGGCAGCAAGGCGUCCUACAGGGAGGUCUUCAAGCCGGAGAACAUCAGCCUCCGAAACAAGCUGAGGGAGCUCUGCGUCAAGCUGAUGUUCCUCCACCCUGUCGACUAUGGCCGCAAAGCAGAGGAGCUGCUGUGGAGGAAGGUCUACUACGAGGUCAUCCAGGUCAUCAAGACCAACAAGAAGCACAUCCACAGCCGCAGCGUGCUGGAGUGCGCCUACAGGACCCACCUGAUUGCCGGUGUGGGCUUCUAUCAGCACCUGCUGCUCUACAUACAGUCCCACUAUCAGCUGGAGCUGCAGAACUGCAUCGACUGGACCCACGUCACCGACCCGCUCAUAGGCCGAAAGAAGGCGGUGUCGGCCUCCCCCAAGGAGAUGGAAUGGGCGCAGAUGGCCUGUCAUCGCUGCCUCGUCUACCUCGGAGAUCUCGCUCGCUACCAAAAUGAGCUUGCUGGGGUAGAGGCGGAGCAUCUGGCCGAGAGGUUCUACCAUCAGGCGCUGUCUGUCAUGCCGCACGUGGGGAUGCCUUUCAACCAGCUGGGAACUCUUGCAGGAAGCAAGUUCUACAAUGUUGAAGCCACCUAUUAUUAUCUACGCUGUAUCCAAUCGGAGACCCCCUUCGAAGGCGCCUAUGGCAACCUGAAGCGCCUCUUUGACAAAGCGGCCAAGAUGUACCACCAAGUGAAGAAGCAGGAAAUGAAGAAGCUGUCGCCGUCUCGACAGAGGUCCAGAGACAUCAAGCGCCUCCUGGUGAGCUUCAUGUACCUGCAGAGUCUGCUGCAGCCCAAGAACAGCCUGAUGGAGGCAGAGCUGACCUCGCUGUGCCAAUCGGUGCUGGAGGACUUCAACCUUGUGCUUUUCUACCUGCCAACGGUGCCAGCUCACACCUCCCACCCCCUCAGCGAGGAGGAGGAAGAGCAGCAUGCCGAGGGCCCCUGCGCUGUUCUGCCAGAUACGCUUGUUUUCAAGAUGGUGGUCACGUGCCUGAUGGUGGUGCACAGCCUGAAGAGAGGAGGGUCAAAGCAGUACAGCGCGUCCAUUGCCUUUACACUAGCGCUGUUCUCCCAUCUGGUCAACCACGUGAACAUCCGACUGCAGGCUGAAUUGGAGGAAGGGGAGAGCCAGGUGCCUCCGCUAAACACCGCAGAUGACCUGGAGACGAGGGAGGCUUUGCCUGCUGAUGGGUCUGAAGAGAGGCCUCUGCAGAACGGAACCCUGGAGCGAGAGGAGGAGGAAGAGCAGAACGAAAUCGGUGCCAAGAAGAACAGCGGCGUGGAAGACGAGGAAAAACAGAAGCAGAAGAAGAAGUACACACGCCUCUCUCGGCUCCGCAGGCGCCGCUGUGGCCGCAAAGACCACAGAGGGGAGGAAGACGAGAGCGACCUGAGCGAAGGCUUUGAGAGCGAAGACGACGACGAAGAAGAGGAGGAGGCAGCGACGACAAGAGACUGCGCCGCUUCAGCCGGUCGCACACCGCCCGGCGCGUCGCCCGACCCGUCUACGCCCCGUAAAGAGGUGAAGAAGAACCCGCUGGGCGAGGAGGGCUGCUGGGGGAGUGGCUCAGAGGAGGAGGAAGAAGGCGGGACGGCUUUCGAUGUGGAGACCGACUCGGACAUGAACAGCCAGGAGUCCCGCUCGGACCUGGAGGACAUUGACGACUCGGAGAACUGCGACAACCACGAGGUCCAAGCACCAGAGCACCAGGACGAAGAAGAGAACGAAGAGCAACCCAAGGAGGAGGGCGGGGACAGGAGCGUCAACACACCCCCCACCGCCAACGGGCCCCCGGCGGCGAACGAGGCCAGCAUCAGCAGCAACCUUCAGGCCAUGUCCUCUCAGCUCUUCCAAGCAAAGCGCUGCUUCCGCCUGGCGCCCACCUUCAGCAACAAGCUCCUCAGGCCUCAAGCUGCUUCCGGUGCUCCUGCCCCCGCCAACCACUCCACCCCACCGCCCCAGGAGACCCCACCCACUGCCAUGGACUCCACCUGCGAUGACAACCAGAGUGCCCCCAAUGGAACAAAUGAAAAUGACGUGGACUCGGACGCAGAAGGCAGCCAGCACAGUGUGCAAUCUGUGCACAGUGAGAAGACGCUGCUGGAGAAGCUGGAGAUCCUGACCAAUCAGGGCUUAAUCCAGGUGGUGAAGGUCUUCAUCGACUGGCUCAGAACCAACACCGACAUCAUCCUCAUGUGCGCACAGAGUUCUCAGAGCCUCUGGAACCGACUGUCUGUGCUCCUCAACCUGCUACCAGAUGGCAACAGGAUGCUGGAGGCCGAGGUCGACCUCGACCCGGACGUGACGGAGCUGCUCAACGAGUGCGAGCGGCCAGCUUUGGUCCAGACUCUGCUGCUGCCCGAGGACGUGGCGCUGCGACACCUGCCUGCUCUCGGAGUUUCUCAUCGCCACCUCGACUUUGCUCGCCACAGCACCUCCCUCAGCCCGUUACAGGAGUGUAUUGUGCGAGUGUGUUGCAUCCGCAGUUUUGGCCACUUCCUCACCAGUCUCCAGGGCAACGUGCUGCACUUCAACCCGGAGGCAGGCAUCUUCACCAGUGUCAGCCAGUCGCAGCCCGACAAUCUGGUGCAGCAGGCGAAGGCCCAGUUCCGAAUGGCGGAGGAGGAGGCUCGCAGAAAUCGGCUGAUGCGGGACAUGGCCCAGCUUCGACUCCAGUUGGAGGUGUCGCAGCUAGAGGGAAGUCUUCAGCAACCCAAGGCCCAGUCGUCCAUUUCUCCCUACCUGGUGCCCGAUACGGCCGCUAUGUGCCAGAAUCUUAGCAUCAUCCGGCAUUUGGCGGGCAGCGGCUGCUUCAUCAUCAUCAUCCCAAGAACAGUGAUUGAUGGACUUGACCGACUCAAGAAGGAGAACGCCGGAGCGCGGGACAGCAUCCGCUUUUUGGAGUCUGAGUUCCGCAAAGGCAACCGGUAUAUCCGCUGCCAGAAGGAGUCCGGUCGAAGUUUUGAACGGGACAAGCUGAAACGCCAGGACAUCGAUGCCUGGCACAUGUACAAGAUGGUGGACAGCUGUCGUCAACUGACCGUCUCCCAGAGCAACGGAGACGACGACACGGCCGGCAUGGUGAUGCUCCUCACUGGCCAUCAAGUGGAUGAGCUUUGCAGUCGCUCCGCAGCAAUGAAGUCAGCCGUCCAGGCUGCGGGCUCGGCGGGCAUGGAGCUGAAGAACAUAGUGGAGUUCUACCGACAGUGGAAGGAAAUCGGCUGAGGUGCAAAAAGGGAGGGCAGCUGUCGGCGCUGCGAACAUCUGAUGGAUCACAACAAUCGCUCUUUCUCUCUCUUUCUCUCUCUCCCUCUUUCUCUCUCUCUCUCUCUCUCUCCCUCUCUCUCGCUCUGUGUGUACCUGCGUCUCCAACGGCAAACCAAACAAGUCAACAUGAAGGUGGAUGGAUGGAAAGAGUUCAGGCUCGGAGAGUCGGUGGAGGACCAAAAAAAAAAAGAAACAGAGGAGCGUUAAAGAGCGCGACCCCCUAGUGGUCGGGGUGAGAACGGCAUUGGAGGGGGAGCGGGGAGGCGACGCAAAGCGGGUCACGCUAUGGUUCCAUCCCGAGCAGGCGCGCAGAGUACAUGCUAGCAGGAGAUUCCUGAUGCGGAGAGACGCUCAAACACUCUCAUUCAUUUAGGUGUCUUCUCCUUCACCUUUUUUUUUUCUGACAAAGUCUAGCCGGGCGAGCGUGACGACGACAUUUCCGAGGGAGACACCCUGAAGCCCCCCCACAAACCCACAGGCUGUGGUCCGCACCAGAAGGCCUCCAGGAAGUGUUAUAACGAGAGGUACACUCUCCUCUCUCUUUGAACGGUUUGCGCUCGUUCUCAUGUCCUGCGCUGUACAACGACGACUUCAUAAGAGCUUUUAAUCCGGGUUUUAUUUUUCUACCCGAAGCACGGUGUUUGUUUAGUUUGGUCCGCUCUGUUGUGCAAGAAGAAUGUGUGAGGGGAAACGUUGAACAGUGCUAUGGGUUUAUCAAGGUGUCGCACCUACAAGAGGACUGUGGACCUCUUUGUCACCUAGCUGUACAUCACGGUCUCCAUAGUAACUGUCCCAUCUUGCGCAGUGCAAAAUCAAACAAAUAGCAAACGUGUGUGGCCAUGCAGUGAACAAUUAAAGAAUCAUUCGAAGAA